CGAGUUUCCCCACUCUUUCUCUCUCUCUCUCCCCCUCUCUCUCCGUCUUUACAUGUGCACCGGACAACACACAGCUCUCUCCUGAGCGGACACUGCAGGGGAAGAAACGAACGAACCCCACCAUGGAAUAGGAAUACUGUUGGACAAAACGGGGGAAAGAAAACCUCUCUCAUCUUUCUUCUUUAUUCCCUUUUUUCUGACGCCUUUUUCUCUCUCUCUAUCUCUUUCGUAUCCCCCCCCUCCCUCUCUUUUACUCUCUCUCGAUGUCUCUCAACAGUUUCUGAAGGGAUUGAAGGAAAGAAAAAAAAUGAGGAUUAUUAUUUUUUCUUGGCACUUUCUCGGGGUGUAUUCCGCCCUUUGGGGGCUGGCGACGGGGGCUUUCCCCAGCUCAGUGCAGAUAGGUGGGUUGUUCAUUAGGAAUACUGAUCAGGAGUAUACAGCGUUUCGACUAGCUAUCUUCCUUCACAACACCAGCCCUAAUGCUACGGAAGCUCCCUUUAACCUGGUGCCGCAUGUUGACAACAUAGAGACCGCCAACAGCUUCGCUGUCACCAACGCAUUCUGUUCUCAGUAUUCAAGGGGGGUCUUUGCCAUCUUCGGCCUUUACGACAAGCGUUCAGUGAACACGCUGACGUCCUUCUGCGGGGCCCUGCACAUCAGCCUUGUGACGCCCAGCUUCCCCACUGAAGGAGAGGGCCAGUUCACCCUGCAGCUCCGGCCGUCCAUCAGAGGGGCUUUGCUAUCACUGUUGGACCACUACGACUGGAGCCGAUUUGUCUUCCUCUACGACACAGAUAGAGGUUAUGCAAUACUGCAGGCAAUUAUGGAGAGAGCAGGGCAGAACGGAUGGCAGGUGAGUGCAAUCUGUGUGGAGAGUUUCAAUGAGGCAGCGUAUCGCCGACUCCUAGAGGACCUGGAUCGACGUCAGGAGAGGAAAUAUGUCAUUGACCUGGAGCCUGAGCGACUACAGAGCAUCCUAGAACAGGCUGUCAGUGUGGGGAAACAUGUAAAAGGCUACCAUUACAUCAUAGCAAACCUGGGUUUCAAGGACAUCUCUCUGGAGAGGUUCAUGCAUGGCGGGGCGAACGUGACGGGUUUCCAGCUGGUGGACUUCAGCAAGCCUAUAGUUAUUAAACUGAUGCAGCGCUGGAACAAACUAGAUCAGAGGGAGUACCCUGGAUCUGAGAGCCCACCUAAGUAUACCUCGUCUCUAACAUACGAUGGUGUCCUUGUGAUGGCUGAGGCCUUCCGUACCCUUCGCCGUCAGAAAAUUGAUAUCAGUCGCCGUGGUAACGCUGGUGACUGCCUGGCCAAUCCAGCUGCUCCAUGGAACCAAGGAAUAGAUAUGGAGCGUGCACUCAAACAGGUGCGCAUUCAGGGCCUGACUGGGAACAUUCAGUUUGAUCACUACGGUCGGAGGGUCAACUACACCAUGGACGUGUUUGAACUGAAGAGCAACGGACCACGCAAGAUUGGCUACUGGAACGACAUAGACAAACUUGUGUUGGUCCAGAAUGAAAAUGCACUGUCUAAUGACAGCUCAGCGAUGGAGAACCGGACUGUAGUCGUGACCACCAUCAUGGAGGGUCCCUAUGUGAUGCUGAAGAAGAACUGGGAGCUUUACGAGGGCAACGACCAGUAUGAGGGAUACUGUGUGGACUUAGCUUCGGAGAUUGCCAAACACAUCGGAAUCAAAUACAAGAUCUCCAUUGUACCAGAUGGGAAAUAUGGAGCCAGAGAUCCAGAGACGAAAAUAUGGAAUGGCAUGGUUGGAGAGCUUGUGUAUGGGAAAGCAGAAAUCGCUGUGGCCCCACUGACCAUCACCCUGGUGAGAGAAGAGGUGAUCGACUUCUCGAAACCCUUCAUGUCUCUGGGUAUUUCCAUCAUGAUCAAGAAGCCCCAGAAGUCUAAACCGGGUGUUUUCUCUUUCCUGGACCCGCUGGCCUACGAGAUCUGGAUGUGCAUAGUGUUUGCUUACAUUGGAGUCAGUGUUGUGCUGUUUUUGGUGAGUCGCUUCAGUCCGUACGAGUGGCAUGCAGAGGAGCCGGAGGAGGGUGCCACGGAGCAGGGUCCCACUGACCAGCCUCCCAACGAGUUUGGCAUCUUCAACUCCCUCUGGUUCUCGCUGGGAGCUUUCAUGCAACAGGGCUGCGACAUCUCGCCCCGGUCUCUGUCUGGCCGUAUCGUUGGAGGUGUGUGGUGGUUCUUCACCCUUAUCAUCAUCUCCUCUUACACAGCCAACCUGGCUGCCUUCCUCACUGUCGAGAGGAUGGUCUCACCCAUAGAGAGUGCAGAGGACUUGGCCAAACAGACAGAGAUAGCCUACGGGACACUGGACUCAGGCUCUACCAAGGAGUUCUUCCGGAGGUCAAAAAUAGCCGUAUACGAGAAGAUGUGGUCAUAUAUGAAGUCUGCUGAGCCAACUGUCUUCACCAAAACCACGGCGGAGGGCGUGGCGAGGGUCCGCAAGUCCAAGGGGAAGUACGCCUUCCUCCUGGAGUCCACCAUGAACGAAUACACGGAGCAGCGCAAGCCUUGUGACACCAUGAAAGUCGGGGGGAACCUGGACUCCAAAGGAUAUGGCAUUGCUACACCGAAAGGCUCACAGUUAAGAAACGCGGUCAACCUGGCCGUGCUAAAGCUCAACGAGCAGGGCCUGUUGGACAAAUUGAAAAACAAGUGGUGGUAUGACAAAGGAGAAUGUGGCAGCGGGGGAGGGGAUUCCAAGGACAAGUCGUCCCAGGCUCUGAGCCUGUCCAAUGUGGCUGGGGUCUUCUACAUCCUUGUGGGCGGCCUGGGCCUGGCCAUGCUGGUGGCCCUGGUCGAGUUCUGCUACAAGUCACGGGCCGAAGCAAAGCGCAUGAAGCUGUCGUUUUCUGAAGCCAUGCGGAACAAGGCCCGUCUGUCCAUCACAGGAAGUGUGGGGGAGAAUGGCCGUGUCCUGACGCCAGACUGCCCCAAAGCCGUGCAUGCUGGCCACGCCUCCCUCCGACACCCCGGCCUUGCAGUGGUCUCCUCUGGACUGCCCUGAAAACCAAAAACACCUGCCGUGCCUUAAUGACACACAAACAUACAGACGUUGACAAGGACGCACACACGCUCACAUAUGCACACAUACAAACGUACACAUACCAUAUCACGCAACACACACACACAUACACAAAGUUACAGAGACUGAAAUACAAACACUCACACACAGAGAGACAGAACACACAUUUUUACACACUUGAAGACACAAACACACACUGCGCAUCAUCAUCUUACUUUCCUGUUGCCAUUGACUUAUUUUACAAGAGACAAGUGAAAUACAACUGUGGAGUGAACAGCAGAGAAAAAAACAAAAACAAAGGACAACUAUGACUAUCACACUUGCCUGCAGCAUUCAUUUUUUUUUUUUUCUGGGAGGAUACCGUCCUGUUAUCUCCAAACCAACAGGAAAGCCAGCACAGACUUACAUGAAAUGAAAUAUGAGCUGUGAACAUGACCACAAAACUGAUCAUGAUGAUGAUAGUGAUAAAGAUGAUGAUCACAGCUGAUGGUAAAACAAAAAAAAAAAAAAAAGACAACCAAACAGCUCUGUUCCUGCUCUGUCUUCAUUGGACAACGUUGGCCAAUAAGCCACACCCUCUUGACAACGCCUUACUAAGACUACAAACAUUGUUUUCAUCAUCAUCAUCAUCAUGGUCAUCAUCAUCUUAUCUGCAAAGACUGAGUGCCAGGUAUUAUCACCCUUAGAAGACCAGAAAACUGUAAGAUUGAGUGUUUGGACUGUGCAAGCUCGCGACUUUGCCAUGGACUGUUCAAACUGAAUGAAAAUUGCUUUCUUACUUCACAUAUAGAACGAUUUCUCGCCCCAAACCAGCGAGACAGUCAGCCAAUAUAGAACAGAAGUAACCUCGAAACUAAUAUGUGUGACUGAUCUCGGCCAUAGAAUUCACAGGGGUUUGUAAAAGAAAAAAAUCAAACAGUAGUAAUUAAUGUCCGUCAUCAACAGCAUCAUCAUGACAGUAGAACUGCUAAAUAGCAAAGUGAUGAUUUCUUUUUUUUGGCAGGUGGCAAAGGCGAGAUUCAAGCUGUAUAUUCAGUGACGGAAAGAAAAAAUAAAACGCAAGCAGAUCUAAAAUGGCUACCCAACAAAGUGCUUCUCAACUGGUGCACUGGGCCUUUAUAGUUAAGUUUGAUGGAGGAAAUGGGAAUAAAUACAACAAUUAAACAUGUGCAAUGAAACCUUUCAAAUUCAGCCUCCAUGUCCUCUUGAAAAAUUGAUUCUAAUAGCCAGGCAAUAGAAAAGGCAAAUCAAAGCUGAUUUUUUUCUUUGCACAUUUGCCCACAGUGGGGUUUCCAAACUAGUAAACCAUUUUGUCCCGAGGUCCACUAUAAGGCUGAGAAUAACUGGUCUAUGCUGUGUGCACCUCAUUUGACUUGAAUUAUACAGUAAAGACAUACAAGUACACUUUUCAAUUUCCCUAAAAGUAUAGACUGUAUAAUGGGCAGUUUGGUUGUCAUUUGAGAUCCUCAGUCUUUUCCAGUGGCCGGGGCAAAGGUAACCUUAUCAGAAAGCUUGCUUUUUAAAACUGUUGUAAAUAACUGCGUAGCAAAACAGAACUCACCUGUCUUUUUUAAUCAUCUUAGAUAACAAUUCAUUGCAAUAAUGAAUAUAAAAGAAAAUGCCACAACUUGUAAUUAAGAUAAAAAAAAUCUUUUUUUUAUAAAUCUACAUAUUAUAUAUAAUACAAAUAAAUAUAUAUCUAUAGAGAGCUAUAGAAGACAUUGAUCACUGAUUGUCAGAGGCCAUGGCAUACAUUCUGUUAUAUGGCUGUUUUUUGAUAACUUGAGAAUAUUAAUAUGCCACAGUCUUUGUGUGUCCUACUCAACACUGAAUGUCCAUCUGGUACUCAACACGGACACACAUGUAGAAGCGCACGCACACACAUUGCUGCAUACACAGGGUCAGCUCAGAGUGAUCACUCCAGCACCACGAGAGGUUUGGAUGAUUAUGUUUUUGCCUGUGUCUGUCUGUUCCACCAUUAGUUAUUCGCUGUUUUUCAUUGUCUAACAGUGUUUUUACCCCCAGGGGCUGCAAAGGCCCCCUGAAACAGCGUGUCGAUGCCAGUAUUCAACACUGAAGCAGAUACAAUGAGAACACAUUUUGGCAGGCCUCGAGAGAGGAUGGGCCACUGUGAUUACUGCGCUGUAGGGAAACAAUGGCUGUCUGACAUUUCAAGAGUGUAGCAUUUGUGUUGCAUUUCAUAUCACCUCAGUGCUUUUUGUUGUUUGUCUUCUCCCAAAAUGUGAGUCAGCUACAGAUUGAAAUCCAGAGUUCAGACUGAAAGGGGGUUUGUACUUUUUGAUGAUAUGAUUGGAUCCAUCACGCUAGGCAAUAGCAAUCAAUUCUAUAAAAGUCUGUCAUAUACUCUAUGGCAGCCUUUUUGGCACAUCUACUUCCUGCUGGCCUUGGGGAUAAGAAAAUAUACAUGAUACUUGCAUAAGGACUGUGUCAUAAUACAGUCUAAUGUGAGUCUGAUGGGGUAUGUGUGAAUGAAAUCUUGUGGUUUUUUACCUUGCUCACUUCUGCUAUUGUUCCUUGUUCUUGUCUUUUAAAAUUCUACUGUUUUUCCUGUGCCCUGCCUCCCGCCUCUCAAAUCUUCCCUCUCUUGUUUUGUCUUCCCUUCUCCCUCUGCUUUCAUCUCUCCUCCUGUCCCACUGGAACACAGAACUCUGUGUACAUCUCAGCGAUGGCAAAUGGCUACAUUUUCUGCUCUGACACAGUGCAAAAUAAUGAGCUAGAGAUGAAUCGAGAACUCGAGAUACCAGUUGACAAUCUGAGUUUUUUUCCUGGCUCCUUGUUCAGAACAUUGCAUUUGUGACCUUUAACAUUUCCUUUAACAUUUCACAAGAAAACAAAUGUCCAACUUCUCUGUUAAAUUCACACACAUACCUCAUUUUGCAUCAAAAGUCAAACUCAACUAAAAAAUGGCAAAUAAUAUUGUAAAACAACAAAUAUCUCAAAUAGCAGAUUAAAACAAUCCUUUUUAUGACUGAAAGAAACAAGACAGACAGUUUCCAGUCACUUCCUCUCAGCCCAGGGGAUCAGUGCAGCAGCACUGCAGAAAUCCAGCAUGUAAGGAAUAGCAGGUUUCUAUAAUGGAUACAUUUGUGAAAGACAGUUAACACUGAUCUAGCCAUCACCAGACCAGACACACCAGGCAGUUUAACUGUAUAUGACACCGUUGUGUUUAUUUUGUUGCCAUCUCUAGCACAUAAGAUUUCAUGCGUAGACAGCAAAAAGCUGACUGCUGGGCUGUCAACACUCUGGCUUUAACACUCUGUUUUCUUUCUUCCUUUAUUUCUUUCUUUCUUUCCAUUUGGUUUCUUUUUCUAGUAAAACAUCAAUGCUGAA